AGCUAUCCAAAGCCAUUUUUUUUAUUAAUGCAGCUGAAGAUUCAACUACUUCUGCUGGCUAUAGUUUGGUAUCCUUUCUUUUGGAACGGUACUUGAAAAUUGAAAGCUCUAACCUAAGCCUUAUGGAGUCAUCAACAGAUGGACAAGUUGUUACCUUUGGAAAAUCUCUCAUAGUUCCUAGUGUUCAGGAGUUGGCCAAGAAGCCCAUCACCAAAAUCCCACCUAGAUAUGUCCGUACAGACCACGAACCUAGCUCUGUCCUUGCUGAUCAUGACCAGCUAACAUCCGUCCCGGUCAUCGAUCUUCUGAAAUUGGCUGCUGGGGAUUUCGUUGACUCUGAACUUGAAAGAUUACACUCUGCUUGCAAGGACUGGGGAUUCUUCCAGGUAGUAAAUCAUGGCGUUAGUAUGUCAUUAUUGGAGGAAUUCAAGUUGGAGAUUGAAAAUUUCUUCAAACUUCCUCUUGAAGAGAAGAAGCUUCUUUGGCAACAACCAGAUAAUCAUGAGGGGUUCGGCCAACUGUUUGUAGUAUCAGAAGAGCAGAAGCUAGACUGGUCAGACAUGUUCUAUGUAACCACACUGCCGCACAAUCUUAGGAAGACUGACCUAUUUGAAAAACUCCCCCUUAAGUUAAGAGAGACCCUGGAAGAAUAUUCCAUCGAAGUCAAGAAUCUAGCUAUGAUAAUUUUAGGUUACAUGGCUAGUGCCUUAAAGAUGGAUGUUGUAGAAAUGAGAGAGCUGUUCACUGAUGGGGUUCAAUCAAUGAGGAUGAAUUACUAUCCUCCAUGCCCUGAACCUGAUAUCGCCAUUGGUUUCAAUCCUCAUUCGGAUGCUGAUGCUUUGACAAUUCUCUUUCAGCUCAAUGAAACUGAAGGCCUGCAAAUUCGAAAAGAUGGAAAAUGGGUUUCCAUUAAGCCACUUCGUAAUGGUUUUGUAGUUAACAUUGGAGACAUCAUGGAGAUUCUGAGCAAUGGAAUUUAUCGCAGCAUUGAGCACAGAGCAAUAGUGAACUCAACCAAAGAGAGGCUAUCAGUUGCAACAUUUUAUAGCACCAAGUUAGACUCAGAAUUAGGUCCUGCACGUAGCCUCAUUGGUCUGAGUAACCCACCAACUUUUCGGCGAGUCCCUUUGGAGAAGUACUUAAAGGAAUUCUUCGCUCGGAAACUAAAUGGCAAGGCUUACCUUGAUUUCAUGAGAAUAAAACACGGGGAGGAAAAUGCAGGCUGAAAAUUGGUGCAAUUAGAGAUUGUUGCCUUUUUUUUUUGUUCUGUUUACUGUAAAAAUAAGGUGAGGAAAAGAGAAGGUAGCCUGAAAAUGUAGGGAAAAACACCCUCCUAUCUUCACCGGUGACCAGGGUGGUUGGCUUGGCGAUACACCAUCAACCAUUUCUUUUCCCAUUUACCCUCAUGAUUUAUGCAAUUAUGUUUGUUGGAAAUAGAAGGGGAAAAAAAAGGAAU